AUGAGCUCUGAUCCCUUCAAAAAAGUUGAAAGAGAUUAUCAUAACGAAAGAUCUGUCCACAAGCAUUUCGCUUCUUACCCCUUAAAAUUCUGGUGGGGUUUGAACAAGUUCGAAACUAUUCAAGGUAUUCACUCUAUACUUGGUAACGCUGCUGAUUUAGUUGUUUCCACUUUAUCUUUUAUUCCUGGAGUUCAAGGAAGAAAUAAUGCUUCAUACAUUGAAAAUUCUAUCAGAGUUACUCGUUUCAGAGGCUUUGAUGACAAAACCUAAUGA